CGCAACAUGUGACGAUGCAGUCGGGGACACAGAGACGUUCAAGAUGAACAAAAUGAAGUACGCUCCUCUAGUGCCCAUGAGCGUAUUCCCGCAAGCCGUGGCUGAUUGCGUAGAAAACUCGUUAUCCGUGUUAGAGAUGGCGAAAGUUUGCAGGGACGCACAGACGCUUAAGAAGGCUAUGCAAUGUUAUAGGAGAACUAUGAUGCUCAUCACGCCUCCAGAUGGCAAGAAAGCUAUUGACGAACUGGUCAGCGUAUAUGAGAACUGCAUGGUCGGCAUGCUCAAUGCUUCGAUGACAACUACGGCACCAACCAUGGCACCAACCACGGCAUCAACGCAGAAAAAAUAACAAGAAUAUCAAUAAUAAAGAUCUAGUAUAACAUGUAGU